AUGGCCGACCAACCCACCAUCCGCCUGGCAACUCCAGAGGACGUCCCCCUAAUCCUCCAAUUCAUCUGCGAACUAGCCGACUACGAAAAAGCCCUCCACGAAGUCGAAGCAACUGAAGAGUCCCUCCUAUCAACCCUCUCCUUCCCAGACACACCCCCCAAACGCGGCGCCGUCUACACAGCCCUGAUAACCCCCCUCCAACCCCGACAAACGCCUCCCCAGUCCCCGUCGGCAUGGCCCUCUACUUCUACAACUACUCGACGUGGCGCUCCGCACCGGGAAUCUACCUGGAGGAUCUAUAUGUGCAGCCGAGCGCGCGCGGCCACGGGUAUGGGUUUAAGUUGCUGA